AUGGUUGGCAAACAACUCAUAAAGAAACAAAGAAUGCUAAUGAUACAACUCGUUUGCCUUCUUAAACAAAUUGAAAGUCAAGUCAAUUCAAAUGUGGCUCUUAGCUCGAUAGAGAGAGGCAUAGAAGAUUUGAUGCACGAACUAGCUGAACAGAUCUGCACUCUAAUGGUGGAGUAUGUAAAGGGCCUUAAGGAAGAAAUGGCAAUUGGAAUGUGCCUCCAUCUAUUAGGUAUAGUGGAAGAGAUGGGAGGAGCAUUGAGAGAUGGAAAACUAGAGUUUGAGCAAGCAAGAAAGAAGACGAGAGUACUUGAAAAUAGGAAAAUUGAGGCUUUACGGAGGUUGAAGGAAUCAGAAGAAAGAAUAACUAGAAUGAAGGAGUAUCUUGGGUUUCUCUUAGAAGCCAAAAAAGAGUCAAUGGAACAUAUUUUUCUGCACAAGGAUUGCAAAUUUUUCAAGUAUGGUGGAAGAUCAGCUAAAGAUGAGAGAUUGCUAUGGGAAUUAUUGAAAAACAAAAGGAAAGAUUUAACACCAGAGAGUCCAUUUGGACCCCAAGAGCUUUUAAGCAUACUAUCCAAUAACUAUCACCUGAAACCAACACAGGAGAGAACCCAAAUUAGUCACAGGCCCAUUACAAGGAAUUACUUGCAAAAGUUAACCCCACAGACCCCAUGCUUGGAUUCUUGUCUACCCUUCAACUCAUCACCCUCAGUAACAACUCAAUGGGUUUUUCAGCGUAACCGAAUCACUCUUUGA